UCGCUCACCUUUUUUUUGUGCUACAGCGAGAUUGUGUGACAAAAGUUUUCCAAUGAUCUUCUGCAUCGUCUCUGUGCGUAGAUCUCGUUCAAAAAAGUGCUAAUUAUCGGGGAAAUUCCGGAUGAAAAGUGUCCAUCUCGCAGUGCAUUUGGCUAGUUUCGUGACGGUGUGAAAAUCGGUCCAGAGUGCGGCGGGGGAUUUUUGAUUCCAUUCUUCUGAAGUGGGCUUUGUUUUGAUUCAGUCUCCAGUCGGGAGGAAAAGUUGCUGCAGCAGCAAUAUUGAAUAACAACAACACCAACAGGAACUACGAUAAUAUACGAAAGCUGUGUGGCAACUGUGGCAAGAAGUGGCAAAAAAGCGUAUCGCGAACAGAAGCGCAGAGGACAAGACGAAAAAGAUGAUGUGUCAAAGUGAAAGAGCUGCUCGCGAGAAGCUUUCUUCUUCUGCUGCGAUGGAGUAAUAAAAACAAGGGCCGUUUCCCGUAGUUCCGGAACUGUUCUUCCGGCUGGUUCCGGGAAUUGCGUUCCGAGUGUGUGUGUGUGACUGGAAGUUAAGCUAGAAGAGUGGAAGGGAUCAACACCGAAGUGCGAUUAAAUGAAGAUUAAAUGAGAUCCUCUGUAAGCUAUAUGUUAUCGCAAGGUCCAGGAGAUCCGAUAAUGGCGCAUCCCGAUUACGAGCAGCAUCACUACCAUCACGGUUCUAUGCUGAUACUGGUGCGUGGAAUCGGUCCCCUGAAGCCUCGAUCCCUGCAGCGAGUAUUCGAACGGAUCCAGCGGAUAAACAACGUUAAAAUACCGGAUUCAUCCGGCCUAACGAGAGACAUCUGGGUUCGCUACAUAAGAGACCACCCGGUCGAGAACAACGACUGGGGAGAUUUCCAAACCCAUCGGAGAUUGUUAGGGUUGAUAACGGUUGGAAAGUUCGACAACCAAAAUGAGCUUAAUGAGCUGUGCAGAGUUCACGAAUCUCUCAAGGUCAAAUACACAAAUACGUUGUUCGAUUCGCGAUGUUUGCUGUUUGGGCCAAGUGUUGAGGAGCUGCACAAGAUCGCAAGCGGAUUGGAGGAGAAGAAAGACCCCACAAUCGAAAACUGCUUCCAGACGCCGUCCAAUUUCAAAAGUCGAGCUUUUUGCUAUCCGGAAAACGACCCCUGCUCGAAUCUGGAGACCAAGAUUUCAGAAUUCAUUACCUCUCUAUACUAUAUAUUGGAGCUGAAGCGUCUGGAAAAGACCCGGGAGAAGAUUGACAAAGUGCCCCUGCUGUUGGCACCGUUCGAAAAGAAAGAUUUCGUUGGACUGGAUUUGGAGAGUCGCAACAACAAAAAACGCUGCAUAGGACGGAUGACGAAGCAUCUGGGAGAUUUGACGCUCCAGGCUGGCUUAGUGGCCGAAUCACUGAAUCUGUUUCACUCGGCUAGUGAAACCCUACGUGCCAUAAGUGAUUCGCUUUGGUUAGGAGCUGCCUUCGAAGGUCUCUGCGCUGCAUCGGCUAUUCUACUCUAUCCUAACUUUCGCUACACGAUGUCGAUUCAACGAAACUCUAGUCUACAAGAAAACACUUCCUCCCCGCAGAAGUACAAUCUCGCCCGCAAUCAACUACUGACCAAUAGCUACAACGGCGAUUCCACCAACGGAUCCAACUUCAAGCAGAAGAAAUCCGACAUGAUGAUCAAUCUGAACUCGGAAACCUCCUCCAUUCCGGAUAAAACAUCAGCCUCUUCAAAUUCAUCAGCCUCCUCCAUCAGUUCAACCUUUUCCUCGGGAUCCGGAGGAAGCACAGCCAGCGGGAGUUCAUCCUCUCUCACGGACUCCGGAACAUUGGUGAAUAAAUCAGCCACCGCCCAAAAGUUUCCGCCAAAUAUCCUCCAACCAGAGGAAAUCCCAGCUCGCUAUCGGGAAGCCAUCAUCAACUACAGCAAGUACCGAAAUGCUGGUAUCAUUGAAACGGAAGCCGCCCUCAAAGCGGCGCGGAUUUGCAUCGAACAAGCCAAAAACCUAGACGUGGCGAUGUUCCUCCAAAACGUUCUCUACAUCAAUCUGAACAUGAGCGAACAGCAGCGAGUUCGACGAUUUGAGGUGCUCACCGACCUGUACCAGAAAAUCGGAUACAACCGGAAGGCAGCUUUCUGUCAGAGGCUUGCCGCAUGGCGUCACGUAGCGGUUAGCAACACCAAUCCAGACUGGGGUCAAAGCUAUCGUUUGAUGCUGGAGAGCUUCUCAGGCCACAAACUUUCGCUGGAACCGCAUGAAGUGCUGGAGAACAAUACGGGUUGGCCGGUGCUACAGAUCGACCUCCUCCAGCAGAUGGUCGGAACGGCACGACGCCUAGGCCAAUCCGCUCUUGCCACCCGGCACAUGACGUUUUUGCUGCAGACCAUGUGGAAGCAUUUGACGCCUCACGAGCAGAAGGAAAUGGCGCUUCAGUUGCAGAACUUGAGCGCACAGUGCGAAGGAGCACCGGUUCCGUUGGUGCUGGAAAAUGGCACGGUAAUACCACCGGCCAAUCUUACGGACUUGCCACUGUGUAGCCAGUUGCUGGUUAAGGACUUGGCGCCGCACUUGAGGCCGUUGAAGAUUGCAGUCACCAAAGUGGACAGCGGCCCAUUCCUGUUCACUCCGAUUCACUUCAGUUCGAUAGAUCGCCGCCAGGCCAAGGACGACAGUAAGAUAUCGUUCAACUGGAUCCAGCACGACGUAUGCGAAGUGAACGUCAAACUAACCAAUCCUUUGCCAUUCGAGCUGCAAGUAACGGACAUCCGUCUGCUGACGACGGGAGUGGUAUUCGAAGCCUUCCCUCAGACGGUGAUGCUGCAACCGAACGUAUUGACCACUGUGGCGUUGCAUGGCACUCCGAUUGAGAAAGGAGAUUUGGAUAUCCAAGGCUACAGCACCCACACGCUGGGUGUGAAAUCCAACUGUCGCUUAAAGUAUAUGCUUCACAGGAAGCUACGUAACUUGCCUUCGCACUAUCAAGUGAAUGUGAUUCCUGCGCUUCCAAAGUUAGAGCUUAAGACAAGUCUCCCGCCGACGGCCACGUUUAGCGGAAUGCCCAACGCUGAUUGUGUGACUACGUCCGCCAGCAUUACAUUGUACAACGGGGAACGAGGAGAGUGCAUCGUGACGCUAACAAACACGAGUAACAUACUGAUAGAAUAUAUCGAUGCAAAUUUCCAUUCCAACAUGGACGUAAAUCUGCAAAAUCGAAUCUUUCAACUAAUAAGGGAUGACAUCACUUCAAAGUUACCGAUCAAGCCAAAUGAAAGCAUCGACUUCAAGCUGGUGAUCUAUGGGGACGCAGAUUUCUUAGGCGCUAUAACCGGUGGCCAACAGCUGUACUCGCAUUCAUCCCACCAGGAUGGCCUGAACAGUGCCGGACCGCAGAGUUUGACCGUGUCGCACAGUGGAGGAGUAAUGGGAGGAACCAUCAGUGGCAGUGGAAAUCCAAGCAUUCCCAGUAGGAUCAGCUCGCCAACAAAUACUCACCGUAGAAACGAUCCGUUGAUGUCUAGCUUUAGGUCGUCCCACUCGGGGCACUCGUCACUAGCGACGCUGAGCGUGGGAAUUGCAACUGGCCAUACGCCGAGGCAGCUGGAAGCACAGCUUAGGUUCAAAUAUUCCGGCGGGGAGGGAUUGCAGGAGGGCUACUGUCGUCAGUGUGCGAUUUCUUUCAACUUAGAACUUCUACCGAGUGCUCAGAUAACAAACUGGGACGUUCUGUCGGCGGAAAUACCGUCGCAGUUCUACCUGGUGCUGGACGUAGUGAACCUAACGGCGCAGGAGAUGUCCCUCAAUUAUACUUCAAACAAGACAAUACUCAUCGAGGCUAAGGAGAGCUGUCGGGUGCCGGUUCCGGUGGAUCGUUGCCCCCUGGAUCGGAUUCUGGCGGCGAUGGAACAACAGCUGCAUUCGAUCACUUCUGGUGAUGCGCAUCCGAGCAUAGUCAGCGGCGUGGGCGUGAACAGUGCGAGUGACUCUGGCGAAUUGACCGAACGCGUCUGCUCGGAACACAUUGCCGAGAAUGUGAACCUCAAGUGGUCCCUGCCGGGCUUGGACUGCAAUGGCGUUGCGUCCUUGCGGGGAAUUUCCCUCUCGCCGACGAUGCUGGAUUUGGUGACGGUGCCACCACUGCAGUGGGAGGUGAAGAUCGACAACCAGCAGGUGGCCCCGCAGUCGGAGGUAACCUGUGUCACCAGUCAGUUCAUAACGCUGAGCAUCGGCAUUUGCAAUUUGUCGGCAUCGGUGCUACAUCAGGUGCAACUCUCGGUCCAGUUCUACCAGGAUUACCAAAACGGCCACCAUAACUAUCGGCUGGAGACGCGUGUUACGAUGACGGGAGCGAAUCACAUUCUCAUCCCGGCAUUGAACAAAGACGAAAAAGCAUUCCACGAAUGUUCGGUAGUGUUCUUCACCCCGGGUCGAUUCAAGGCCGACAUUCAGUGUCGCUCGCUAAGCUCGAAUGGCGACGUGGGAUCCACUCCUUCGUCUUCGCACGUGUGGCGGUUUAUUCCGCCGGUGGAAAUCACGGUCAUAGAUGAGCAGUGAGCGACAAUUCAACAACGUUACACUACAAAUUGAAGCGCUUUGAAAAAGAUGUAUAGCUUGCUUGCUAUAUAUAGGCAAAAGUAAAACGUAGGUCGCUGAGCAUCAUUUACGUUUAAUUUUCUCUAUAUAACCAGCGAUUUAGUUAGGUUCGUUCAAAUUACAAUCCUCACAUUAUCCUUGGAGACAUUUGAUUCAGCAUUAGAAGUUUAAUUUGUGGGAAAAGAACAUUUUUAUACUCCUAAGUAGAUUGUUAACUAUAAUAUAGGAUACUGAAAAUUUAUCGGAAAGCAGAGCAAUAUGAUGAUGAAAUUAAUUGACUUUUGUCUGAGACAAAGGAGGUAUGACAACGCCACUGAUAGUAACUAUGGAACAAAAGCACUAUUCCCACAUUUAGAGUUUCCUUAAUUAAAACUAUCUGUAACAGAAGUACGCAUAUGUAAAACAAAUCUACGUAAAGCAAAACGAAAUUAUAAUAAUUUUCUCUACAAAUGUUAAACUACUCUCACGCGUAUUCGUAUUCUGGUGAGGAGCAACAAAUUUAGCAUUAUAUUCAUACAUUGUGUAGUCGGGUAUGUAAUAGCGACAAACCAGAACAACCGGAAGGCCAACAUACAGUAUAAGCAUUAAAGAAACUGUAAUAGGACGCUAGCAAACGCACUUAGAUUUUCGUUUUUUUUUUUGUUACAAUGGAAGAAUGGAUGUUAUUUAUUAUUGAAUAAACGAGUUGCGUAAGCAAAGCUAUAUUAA